AUGAAAUUCUUAGAAGGACUAGGGCUCCCCCAUGAUGACCUAUUCACCCACCUAACCUUCCUCUCUGUUCCACAGUCCCCUUUAGGAGAGAUGGUAUCAGCCAAGAUGGAAUUGCAGUCCCUGCUGCUGCUCCUGCUGCUAGGGCUGUGGGUGGCCAACAUCCCAGUCAGUGCCAAGCCCAGACACAUGACUUCAUCUCAGUGGUUUAAAACUCAGCAUGUGCAGCCCAGCCCUCAAGCAUGCAACUCAGCAAUGCGCAACAUCAACAAGUACACAAAACAUUGCAAAAACCUCAACACCUUCCUGCAUGAUUCCUUCUCCAGUGUGGUGGCCACCUGCCAGACCCCCAAUAUAGCCUGCAAGAAUGGCCAUGGAAACUGCCACCAGAGCCAAGAGCCUGUGUCCCUAACCAGCUGUGAGCAUACUUCAGGGAGGUACCCAGACUGCAGGUACAAAGAGAAACAACGGGAUGCAUUCUUCAUUGUGGCCUGUGACCCCCCACAACAGGAGGAUGACCUGGGGUACCUACUGGUUCCCGUGCACUUGGAUAAUGUUGUCUAA